CUGUGAGUCUCGGAGUCCAGAGCUCGGGGAGAAAAUUGUUUGAGGUUUGGAGAAGAAAGAAACUUGUAGAAAGUUUUGAACAAGUUUCCGAAAGUUUCGAACAAGUUCGGAAAGAGUUGGAAAAAAGUUGUGGGGAAGUUUCGGGCGAGGUCGGGAAUUGCGGUAACUGCAGCGGGCCCUUUAACGGUGGGCGGGCUAGUGCCGAACUGCGAGAGGAGGGUCUCAGAUCGCCGUCCCGGGCCCGACACAUACACGGACAGUCUGACCUUGCCCGGCGCUGCGAUGGUGCUACGGAGCGGGCUGCUGGAGGUGCGGAGCCCGGAGCCUGAGCCCGAGCGCUGGCGGCGGCUCCUCGCUUCCCUGUCCGAGGAGUCGCUACGCCUGAGCCCAGCCGGAGGGGCGGGCAGCCCCGUGCUCAGCAACGGCGAGCCAGAGCCCGAACCGCCGGGCCCUGAGGCGGAGCCCGGCUCCGGCCGCAAGCGCACGGUGCGCAUCGUGAAGCAGGAGUCGGGCGGCCUGGGCAUUAGCAUCAAGGGCGGCCGCGAGAACCACAUGCCCAUCCUCAUCUCCAAGAUCUUCCGGGGCCUCGCCGCCGAGCACAGCCGCCAGCUCUUCGUAGGCGACGCCAUCCUGUCGGUGAACGGCACCGACCUACGGGACGUCACCCACGACCAGGCGGUACAGGCGCUGAAGAAAACGGGCAAGGAAGUGGUGUUGGAAGUAAAGUACCUGAAAGAGGUGUCAUCGUACUUCAAGAACGCAUCGCCAGGGUCGGUGCUGGGCUGGGACUCCUCCUCCAGUCCCACGAAUGGUUCCGGCUCCCCACCACCCCCGGGAUCGCAGCCUGGAGACCCGGAGCAGGAGCAGACCAUCCCCCUGCGAAUGUGUUACAUCCGAAAGAAAACCCGGCGGCCAGAUCUGGAGAGCAGGUACAUUGACCUGGCACCGGCCGACGGCAGCUCCUCACUGAGUCUUCGGUUGAAGGAUGGCGCAGCGGCCCAGUCCUGGUUCAACGCCCUCCUCUCUGCUGCCGCCGCGCUGCUGCCCCGGGUGAAGUCGGAGCUGCGUGCGCUGGUGGGCCCGGCUGGGAUUGCGGGAAAUGCCGAGCUGCGCCACGUGGGCUGGCUGACGGAGCAGGUAUCCAGUGAGCUGGAGAAGCCGGUCCUCGCUCUCCUCACUGAGAAGGAGCUGCUGCUGUACAGCUGUUUGCCCCAGACCAGAGAACAGCUGGACAACCCCUGUUCCCGACACCCCCUCAUUGCCACCAGGCUGGUACACUCAGGCCCUGCCAGGGGGCCACCAGUGGCAGACACUGACCUGUCCUUCGUCCUGAGGGCCGGCACAAGGCGUGGAGUAGAGACACGCCUCUUCUCCACAGCGACUCCCACCGAACUGGGGCUGUGGACCCGACUGCUGGUGGACGGGUGUCACAGUGCGGCCGAGAUGGUGCAGGAGGUGCUCACUGCCUGUACCUGGAAUGGGAGGAGCUGCCACUUGGGGGUUCACCUGGAGAAGGGGUUCAGCAUCUACCCGGAUACCCCCGACCAGGGCCGGGUCCAGCCUCUCUUCAGCCAACCCUUCCAGAAGCUCCGCAUGUCCUCCGAUGACGGUCUCCACCUGCUUUUUCUGGACUUCGGGGGUCCCGAGGGUGAGAUUCUGAACUUGGAAACUUGCCCCAAGACCAUCGUCUUUAUCAUUCAUUCCUUCCUGUCGGCCAAAGUGACCCGCCUCGGCCUGCUCGCCUAGCCCACCCGAACUGGUGCUGUCAACGGCGAUGCUGGCAGAUUCUCUGACCCUCGCUCACAGUAACCCAUGUGAAGGAGUAACAGGACCUUCACACCUGCUCAACAACGCUGCUGUUACUGAUGCCAACUUUUCUAACAAUAUGAAGCAAAGAUUCACAGUUUCUAUAGUUUAUGCAAAUUAAAUCUCUAAUACUGAAUGUUUUAAGGACAGAAUGGAUGGAAUCGCGCUUUGCUCACUGUGUUCAGGUAUUUCCCGUGUGAUGCACGCUUUCACCGAGGACUGGUAAAGUACUCCUGGUGCCUCUUGGAGCUCACUGCUCUCUCCUCAGUCUGCCCGACGUUCCCUGGUGCUUUCGGUGAGGACUGGUGACAACCCUGUACCUCACCACUGUUACAGGACCGUCCCCGCACGUGUGGCCCUCCACUGCCUGCUCUGAAACAAGUGCCACAGGCUCCCUCCACACAGAAUAGGCCCCAGGCCAACCACGCCAGGUGUCAGCUGCUGGAUACCACGGCAUUCCUGGCUGCGGGAAGUUCCUGUAUCGGUUUGUUACUUGGCUCUCAGUGUUAAACACCUCCAGACUGGUGCAAGCCAAGGCCAGAAUACUCUCCCUCCCCCACCCCCUCCUCGCCUCUGUCACUCUGAGGACUUUGUAGUCAGUGUAAACUCUGGACUCGUUCUGACAAACACCCGCUUUUCUCCUUUGUCAAAUAUUCUCUGUCCGUGUUAGCUCCUAACAUGGUGACAUUGUUUAUAUUUUCUCCAGGCUGCCUUGGGCUGCAGAGGGGGAGGGGGAGGGAGAGGGAGCUUGCACUUGCUUGAAGCCUGAGGUCUGGAGGAAGGGUCCAGGGUUAAAGAGAUGGUCUAUCGGGUUCAGGCGGUGGGCGGAUGAACCUUCCUGUUUAGAUAAUAACCAGACCAGUGAGCCUGAAGCAGAGGGGAGACUCUUUGUCUCUCCCCUCAUCCUUAGUGGGCAGAGAGAGUCCCAAUUCUGGGGGCAAGGGCGGGGUCCAAGGAGCUGGGCUCCUCUGAUAUUCCCAAUUGUUGGGGGGUCAGCAGGGAAUAAUUCCCACAUUUUCCCUGAGCCUAUAUCUCACAACAAGCUUUGUACAUUAUAUCCUCACUAAUUUAAGAAUAAGAAUGAGCUUUGCCAAUUUUGCUGUAAAUACCUCAGAUAUGGAAUUAAAACUAAGGCAUUUAUAAUCACUCUG